UUGUGCUGUGCGUGCAGCCGAUUUCUAUUUUACUUUUCUCGUGUGGGUGUAGAGAAACGCAAAGCAAAUGCUUAUUUAUAAACUAUUUUGAAUAUUUAUUACGCGAGUGCUCAUUUGUGUGUAAUGUGAAGUGCUCGGGCCCAGUUCGUCAUGAUGAACGCGCACAAGAUAUGGGUGCUUUCAAGCCUCUGUGUUGUUGUUAUCGUUGUAAUAUAUUUUCAGUCAGAAAUUGAACGUUUAGAAGAGAUUUAUCACAGAUUAGAAUACAGAUUAGUCCAAACGCAUUCCGAACCUCGGCAGUUCUUCAUGCAACCAGUGGAUAAAAGUGAUGAUGACCUGGUGGUGAUAUACAAUAGGGUUCCGAAGACGGGAUCGACAAGUUUCGUGGGUGUGGCGUACGAUUUGUGCAAGAAGAAUCACUUUAAAGUGUUACAUAUCAAUAUAACGGCGAACAUGCACGUGAUGACCCUGGACAACCAGUACAAGUUUGCUCAGAACGUCACCAAGUGGAAGGAUGUGAAGCCAGCCCUGUACCAUGGUCACAUGGCAUUCCUGAACUUUCAUAGACUUGGCACCUCUUCAAAGCCAUUGUACAUAAACCUGAUAAGGAAGCCCCUGGACCGGCUGGUCUCAUAUUACUAUUUCCUGAGAAACGGAGACAAUUUCAGACCACACUUGGUUAGAAAGAAACAUGGAGAUAAAAUGACGUUUGACGAGUGUGUGGAGCAGGGGCAGCCGGACUGUGACCCCAACAACAUGUGGCUUCAAGUGCCUUUUUUCUGCGGCCACUCAGCGCAGUGUUGGAAACCGGGCAGCCACUGGGCGUUGCAGCAAGCGAAGCAGAAUCUAGUCAACCACUACCUCGUAGUGGGAGUGACGGAAGAAAUGCUGGACUUCAUCAUGGUCUUAGAGGCAGCCUUGCCCAGGAUGUUCAGGGGUGCCACCGAGCACUAUCUGAACAGCAACAAGUCGCACCUGCGUCAAACCAGUUCAAAACUCCAACCCAGCCCGGAGACCAUAGAAAAGAUACAACAGUCCAACAUCUGGAAAAUGGAGAACGAAUUGUACGAAUUCGCGCUAGAACACUUCAAAUUCGUCAAACGACGAAUCCUGUUGAAGGAGCCCAACAGUGUUGCGCAAACGUUCUUCUACGAAAAAAUACGGCCUAAAUGAGAAUACGUUUUACUGUUGACCACAGUAAUAUCAUUGAAACAGUACGUUCGUGCGACUUUGAAAACCAACCGGUUUCUAGUGAAAGUCAUAUCGGAAUACAAUUAUACAAUUCGCUUAGCUCUAGGUUGGACUUAAAGGGUAAACUUUUUAGGUAAAUUAUUACAAUUGACUUAUAAUAUAAUCAAUAUGCAAUAUAUCAAUGUUAUACUCGUAGUUGUAGCAUAAGAUGACUAUUCGAUUUUAGAAAAAGUUUAUUCUUUAUUAUAAGAGCCAACACUGCCGAAUACUGAGUUGAUACUUGAGGAAUUAGUUGUUUCUCCCCACAAAAACAUUACCAAUGUUACUUUAACAGUUUAUGCUGCAUACCAAUAUAAAUAACAAAGCUAUGUCUGUAUAUUUGUCUGUGCAGGUCACAGUCACUCUUGCCAGCAUUUCGCUAUGAGUGGGAGAAACGUAUAGAUCCGAAAACAGAAAAAUCACGUUUACUUAACCCCACGGGACACAGUUUCAAGUUUCAUCUCAGUAUUUGCGCGAAAAACUACUUAAAUAUCUCGUCAUUCCAUGCAUUUGCAUGUCAUUGGUAGUUUUAUUUUUACUUGAAGACAGUUUACAUACCAUUGAUAAUUAAAUUUUUAUACUAAUCCAAUUUUAUUAAGUCGUUAUUUUUUGUACUUUAUGUACUUACAUUUUUUUAUUAUAUUGACAUGUAUAGUGUUCAUUGUAGUUAAAUUUAAGUCCUAGGUCUAAUAAUGUAUCAAAUAUUUGUAGUUACUUACAGUACUAAAUAAUUUCGUUAGAAGAAAGAGACAAUGCUCUACAAAACGUAUAGCUUUCUCUCACUCUCACAUUAGCUGGAAUCAUUUUAAUGCAUAACCCCAUUUAAUACUUAAUUAUGGUAUUGCAGUGCCUAAAGAAUGUUACUAAGCUUUAUGUAAGGGGUUAAAUACCAAAGUUAAUGAGAUUAACGGUUUAGGCACUCAAGUACCUGAUAAAAAUCUGUUUAAACGGUGAUCUUUAAAACAUAUACUUAAUACAUUAAUUUCGUAUGUAUUAUAGUAGAAACAUUUUACAAGUUUUUCAUCAAAUUGCACCGUUAUAGAUGCUUUGCACAGUAACAUUACUUAUAUCAGCUAAUUAUUGUUACUAACCAAUAACCAUACAUAUUAUGUAGCAAGAAAUUAUUGAAUAAUAGUUGUUUAUGAUGAAUUUAUAGCCUGGACUUGUAUAAUAUUGUAUUAACUAAUUUAGAAAAAUAUGGGACGAAUUAUGUGAAUUGAUACUUAAUAGCAAUUAUUUUUGUGUUCAUAGAUAUUUAAAUUAUAACAAUUUGUAUAUUUUGAUUAUUGUUGUUGAUAUUUUAUAUAGAAAAGACAAUCUGAAUUAUUUUUAUAAGAACGCUCAAGUUUGUUUGUGUUUGUAUGCAGUGGCUUAUGUUUAACAAUGUAAUAAAGUAUCUCUCUUUCUCUAGAUAGUUAGUCUGUUAAUAGACCGAAUUCUAAGAGAGAGCGAGACGACUAAUCAUCUCUCUGUCAUGCUUAGACAGAGACAGCCAACGAAUUCUGACUCCGAUUUGUAGUGCAAUCACUAUCACUCCAAGAGAGGGACAAAAGAUGUAUUUUAGAUGCAUUCGAAAUUCGCAUAAUGAAUUUAUGCUGCAUGAUUAGUUAUUUUUGACAUGACAUUGACAG